CCGGAGCCCGAGCCCGCGGCGGCAGCGGGAGGCGGAGACGGGGGCGCCCGGGCGGCGGCGGCGGCGGCGGCGGCGGCGCGGCCUGCGGGGGGGCUGGCCGGGCCCGGCCAGGCCGCGAUGGCGACCAAGAAGGCGGGCUCGCGGCUGGAGACGGAGAUCGAGCGCUGCCGCUCCGAGUGCCAGUGGGAGCGGAUCCCCGAGCUCGUCAAGCAGCUGUCGGCCAAGCUCAUCGCCAACGAUGACAUGGCAGAACUCCUCCUUGGGGAAUCAAAGCUGGAGCAGUACCUGAAGGAACACCCCCUGCGGCAGGGGGCCAGUCCCCGAGGCCCCAGGCCCCAGAUGACUGAGGUCCGCAAGCAUCUGACCGCUGCCCUGGACCGAGGGAACCUCAAGUCAGAAUUCCUACAAGAGUCCAAUCUGAUCAUGGCCAAGUUGGAUUACGUUGAAGGAGACUAUGAAGCCGCUCUCAACAUUUAUGCCCGGGUGGGCCUGGAAGACUGGCCGCUGACGGGCGUCCCCCCUUACAGGUUACGGAUGGCCGCGGACGCCUACGCCACCAAAGGACUUUGUUUAGAGAAGUUGCCUAUUUCUUCUUCUACCAGUAAUCUCCUUGUGGAUCGGGAACAGGAUGUCAUCACGUGUUAUGAGAAGGCAGGGGACAUUGCACUCCUGUACCUCCAAGAGAUAGAAAGGGUAAUACUUUCUAAUAUUCAAAACAGAAGUCCUAAGCCUGGCUCUGCUCCCCACGAUCAAGAACUAGGUUUUUUCCUAGAAACAGGACUACAGAGAGCCCAUGUCCUCUAUUUCAAAAAUGGGAACUUGACGAGAGGAGUCGGGAGAUUUAGAGAGAUCCUCAGAGCAGUGGAAACGAGAACAACCCAGAACCUGCGAAUGACAAUAGCCAGGCAGCUGGCGGAGAUCUUGUUGCGGGGUAUGUGUGAGCAGAGCUACUGGAACCCUCUGGAGAACCCACCAUGCCAGUCACCUCUGGACGAUCCUCUCCGGAAAGGAGCAAACACAAAAACCUACACCCUCACGCGGAAAGCCCGUGUCUACUCAGGAGAGAACAUUUUUUGUCCUCAAGAAAAUACUGAAGAAGCCCUGUUGUUAUUGCUGAUUAGUGAGUCAAUGGCCAACCGGGACGCUGUGCUGAGCAGGAUACCUGAGCACAAGAGCGACCGCCUCAUCAGUUUACAGAGUGCAUCUGUGGUCUAUGAUUUACUGACCAUCGCUCUUGGAAGAAGAGGCCAGUAUGAGAUGCUGUCAGAGUGCUUAGAAAGAGCCAUGAAGUUUGCCUUUGAGGAGUUCCACCUCUGGUACCAGUUUGCUCUGUCACUCAUGGCUGCUGGAAAAUCUGCUCGCGCGGUGAAGGUGCUGAAAGAGUGCAUCCGCCUGAAGCCGGACGACGCCACCAUCCCACUUCUGGCCGCAAAGCUGUGCAUGGGCUCCCUUCACUGGUUGGAAGAGGCUGAGAAGUUUGCCAAAACCGUCGUUGAUGCGGGAGAGAAAACGUCAGAGUUCAAGGCCAAAGGCUACUUGGCCCUGGGGCUUACGUACAGUCUGCAGGCCACUGACGCUUCUUUGCGAGGGAUGCAGGAGGUCCUACAGAGAAAGGCGCUUCUUGCAUUUCAGAGGGCCCACAGCCUGUCACCUACGGAUCACCAAGCAGCUUUCUACCUGGCUCUGCAGCUUGCCAUCUCCAGACAGAUACCAGAGGCUCUGGGGUAUGUCCGCCAAGCUCUUCAACUUCAAGGCGAUGAUGCCAACUCCCUGCACCUCCUUGCCCUCCUGUUGUCAGCACAAAAGCAUUACCAUGAUGCUCUGAAUAUCAUUGACAUGGCCCUGAGUGAAUAUCCAGAAAAUUUUAUACUACUGUUUUCCAAAGUGAAGCUGGAGUCGCUGUGCCGGGGCCCGGAUGAGGCGCUCCUCACCUGUAAGCACAUGCUACAGAUUUGGAAAUCCUGCUACAAUCUUACCAAUCCCAGUGAUUCUGGACGUGGGAGCAGCCUCUUAGAUAGAACCAUUGCUGACAGACGACAGCUUAAUACAAUUACUUUGCCAGACUUCAGCGAUCCCGAGACAGGCAACUCUCCAGAAGUAUACUUUCAUGGUUUUCCCUCCCUUUUUUCAGUUAGCUCUGUCCACGCCACGUCGGUAGCAGCCUCCAGAGUGGAGCAGGCACUGUCGGAAGUGGCGUCGUCUCUGCAGAGCAGUGCCCCCAAGCAGGGCCCGCUACACCCCUGGAUGACGCUGGCGCAGAUCUGGCUCCACGCAGGGGCAGAUGCAGCCCUACGCCAGGCUCACAGCUGGCCAGCAGGGUCCAGGCUGGUCAGCCCCACUCCGCCCAGCGCCUCUGCACGGCGCACGACCCAAACAGCCCUGAGCCCAAGGCAGGCAAUGGGAGCCGGUUCUCAGCCUUGCAGCCGACGUGAAGCAGGUGCUUGACAAGUGUCAGAAGAGUGAAUGAACGAGUGAGGAAACUGGGCCCCGUGCGGGGCUGUGGGUGUAUCCCGCUCCAGGUCCCCCUAUCGGGAGCCCCCUUCACCACUGAGGAGGAAAGAGGCCCCGGACCUUGGCACUAUAGCUCAGCCCUUUUCAGAUCCCAUCUUUAGCUUGGUAUGACCAACGAUUUCGGAAAGCCCUCUGCGCGAGGCACAACGCACAGGGGAGUGGACUUGAUCCCGGCCCUCCAGGGACGUGACCUCUAUGGGAUAACACAAGUCACGGGAGCACGGGGCAGCCUGGGGUGAGGGACUUCCCAGAGCACGCAGGGCAGUGGAGGGGUGACGCACCCAGGCCUGUCUGGGGAAGUCGUGUGCAGGGUGGGGUUUGGUGGGACGUCAUGUGCAGGGCGAGGUUUGCGGGAGCCCAGGGUGAGGAGUGAUGGGUCUGCAACAGUACAGGGAAGGCACUUUGGGCAGAAGAAACAGCACAGCCAAGGUGUGGAGGUGAGACCGUGAAUGGAGCACGGAGGGAGUGAAAAGGUAGCAGGGUCCUAGUUUAGAACGGGAAGCAAAAACAUCUGGGUUACAUUCACCUGCAGUUGGGAACCAUUGAGGGUUUGCAAGCGGGGGUGGGGUGGAGGGGUAUUUCCAGCAUUUUUCAUAGUAACCUGGUAGCAAGGAGAAGGCAGGGGAGUCCAGAGAGGACAGCCAGAGCUUAGUGUGAGCUUCAGAAAGGGGUAGAAAGUGUCCGUGACCCUGCGUGGCACCUUACCUUUGGUUAGAGGCUGUCAGCUGCCAGCGACCAGGACAGACUCUGUCCCUGUGACCUCUUCAGAGAGUGACCCUUCAGAGCCCGUCCCGCAGCGGGGGCUCUGACACUGCGCUGAACUAUGUUCUUGUUAGGAGCCGAUCAGCUUUAAGUUCCCAGAGCCAGCUUCCCUCUCUGUUGCUGUUCCUUCGGUACAAGCUCUUAUAUCUCUUAAUGAGCUCAAAAGGCCCUUUGUGGGUUUUUUUGUGUUUUUUUUUGUUUUCACUUGAAUUUAGCCCUUGGUGAAGGGGUCAGGGGAGCAUCACUUGCUGUGGCUUCUCUGACCUUUGACUCCUCAUCGACCUGGGCCACAGAGACGGUUGCCUUCCUCUGACCCGCAGCAGUGUCCAUUAGUCUACAGUCUUUCCUUAAGCACCUACUAAGUGCUAGGUCCUGUGCUAAGGGAUGCAGAGGUGACGUGGCUGGAAGUUGCUCAUAGUUUUAGUGGGAAAAGACAAUACCGAUCACAUUUUUUGGAGGCUUUAGGGAAAUAGUACACCUCUGUUUACGUCCUGAGUUCUGAGCCAAUUAAGAAAGAGACAGGGAGUGAGAUGGAGAUCACACUCCCAGCUUUGUGCCCAGGGAGGCUGAAUCGGAGGAUGCAUCAUGACUCCUGGCCUCAGCUGGGCUCCCAGUGCAUCACAGCUGAUCGAAUUCACCCGUCCCGAAUUGCUGGCCUCGCUGUCGCAGGGGCAGAGCCCAGCAUCAUGCCCGCAGGAGCAAGCCGAGAAUGCGGGCAUUCAAGGCUCCAGGCUUCCACCCUCUUGGUAGAGACGCGGGCCAGCCUCAGGCCCCACCUGGCAGGUGAACAGGCCCAGAGAAGUUGAUGGCCUUGCCCAAGGUCACACACAAGGCCUGGGCGCAGGGAUCGAACCCUCCAUGUUCCCCUGACACUGGCUGACCAACGGGGUACCCUAGAGUCCUGGUAGCAAGGAGAAGGAGGGCUUGAAUAAGGUGGAGACAGUGCUGCCUCAGAGACCCGGAGAGGGGGCCAAACCAAGAGGGGAGGCCAGCUGUCCACUCUUAAGAUCUCUUUGGAGGAAAGAGGCUCCACUGGGGAGAAAUGGUUUGAAAAUCACCCCAGCCCGUUGCGCCUGUGUCCUUCUGUUUGAUCUUAAAACGGAGGGGUCAGGGAGCAGCACAGGCCGUGCACUCGCCCGCCCCUCUGCCUCGGGAGCGCAGGCCGCAGCAGUGACGUGAGCCUGCCCCUACAACUCGGACAGCACGGCAAAGAAGUGCUCGGGGGUCUGGAUCCUCUCUCCCACCUUCUCAAUUAUGACUCAGCUCAGCCCCCGUCGUCUGUUUCCUCAUCACGAGGAGGGAGGAGAGGCACCAGACCUGUAGCCGAAGACACGGAACCAAGAAGACACUCGGUCCCAUGUUUGUUUUCACGGGGACCCACACAGAACAGGGUGUCAUCUACCUUGUUGUGUUGGUGUUCAAGGCUCCCCCCCCGCCCCCCGCUGCAACAUACACCUUGUUUCUUGUUAUAAAAACUCUGGGGACUUCCCUGGUGGUCCAGUGGCUGGGAGUCUGCCUUCCAAUGCAGGGGAUGCGGGUUCGAUCCCUGGUCGGAGAACUGGGAUUUCACAUGCUGCGAGGCAACUAGGCCCGCACGCCACAACUAGAGAGGAGCCCACGCGCCGCAAUGAAGAGCCUGCGUGCCGCAACUAAGCCCCGAAGCAGCCAAAAAACAAAUAAAUGAAAAUAAAAUAAAAUAAAAUUUAAAAAGCAAAAGCUAAACAAAGCUCUGGAAUCAUUUCGUCCCCGCUCUCCCAAGUUGGCCUUUAUUCCGGAGCGAUCUAGAUGGGAGGGGCCUGUGGCGUCUCACCCACCCACAGGCAGCCCUGGGACCUUGGAAAUGAACACGAACUCACCCCCAAAGGGAAGCAAGUCAGGAGGCAGCAUACAGUGGGAGGAACAUUCUGUAUUGCUGCCCCCACAGCCGCCAGGCUCCGGAACCUGAAACUGCCAGAUACACCCCGGACUCUUCUGGCGGGAGCUUGGAGAGAGUCGUGUUACUGGAAGACAGCGGGCAGCCCUGCGUGUCUAUCUCCCAGGAGGGCAGAUUUUGCAGAGGCCCAGGCGGAAGGACAGACGCGUGUGGUCUCUGUUCCUACAGAGGCCCCGUGUGUAGUAGGUGCUCAGUAAGUACCUCAAGAGAGGAGUCUCGGAGGACGUGAGGCAGGCGCAGUGCCGGCCCGGCCACACUUAGAGCUCAGUUGUAUGUGAGUGUCCGAGUUUCCAGGUCUGAGAGGCUGGGCCUCUCCCCGCAGGUCCCUGGGCCAGCCCAUCACCUCUGCUCCCUGUUGAGGGGGACUGACGGCCAGAAGCACAGAUGGGGUGCAGGGUGGGUCUGUGCCUCCCCCGGGCUUGUUCAUAGCCUGAGGAGUCAGUCACUGGUGUGACUAUGGUCACCAGGGAAGUGAGGUGCUUAGGAGAGGGCCAUGCAGUGGCAUCGACACUGACCACACCCUGUCCAGAAUAUCCAGUCUCCGCACCUGAAGCUGGAGGUGGGGAGAUAGAAGGGUGGAUGUCAGCAGAACGUGCUGUCCGGGGGCGUAGCCAGGACCCCUCACAAAAUGUCUCUAGGGACACAGCCAUCAGAGGGAUACCCAGGCUGGGCUCCCCUUCCAGCUGGGGCGGUGGGACGGGGUCAGAGGUAGCUUCCGGGGGUGGUGGCCGUUGAGCUGGGCUUUAAAGGGGGUACAGGGGUGACACCAUCAGGGCAGAGGCAAGAGAAUAAACAAAAGCCCAGGGAAAUAGCGGCAGCUUAACACGGCAGAGCCCAGGGGUGUAGGACGCAAUAAGAACACAGGUUAGUAGGGGUGGUAGAGACAGUCACCAAGGGCUCCGGAUGCCAGGCAAAGGGGUCUGGAUGUUAUCUGGGGGCAGGGGAGACACUGUUCUCUGUAGAGAGCUGAGAGCACAGCCGCAAAGCCACGCCUGCCCGUACCUUGCCCUGGGACCUCGGACAAAUUGCUCAGCCUGUCUGUGCCGCA